CCGAGGGCCUGUGACGCGUGCUUCCGGCGGCUUCCGGGCCGCUGGCUCGGCCUCUGGGACCACGGGGCGCGAGUAGUGGGCGCGGGGGUCGUGGAGCCCUGCACGCUCCAGCCAUGGACCGCGACCUUCUGCGGCAGUCGCUGAAUUACCACGGGCCGUCCUUGCUGUCCUGGCUCCGUAGCGAACAGCAGGACAACCCGCACUUCCGGAGCCUCCUGGGGUCGGCGGCCGAGCCUGCCCGGGGCCCGCCGUCCCAGCCGCCGGGGCCAGGCAGGAAAGAGAAGAGAGUCGACAACGCUGAAAUCCAAAAAUUCAUUUCCAAAAAGGCGGAUCUGCUUUUUGCACUUUCGUGGAAAUCAGAUGCACCUACAACUUCUGAAGUUCAUGAAGACGGUGAAGAUUCUUAUGCAGUCAUGCCACCUUUAGAGCAGUUCAUGGACAUACCUAGUAUGGAUCGGAGAGAGCUGUUUUUCCGAGAUAUUGAGCGUGGAGAUAUCGUGAUUGGAAGAAUUAGUUCCAUUCGGGAAUUUGGGUUUUUCAUGGUGUUGAUUUGUUUGGGCAGUGGCAUCAUGAGAGAUAUAUCUCACUUGGAAAUCACAGCUUUUUGUCCAUUAAGAGACGUGCCUUCUCACAGUAACCAUGGGGAUCCUUUAUCGUAUUACCAAACUGGUGAUAUCAUUCGAGCUGGAAUCAAGGAUAUUGACAGAUAUCAUGAAAAGCUUGCAGUAUCUCUGUAUAGCUCAUCUCUUCCACCGCACCUAUCUGGUAUUAAAUUAGGUGUAAUUAGUUCUGAAGAGCUUCCUUUGUAUUACAGGAGGAGUGUUGAACUAAAUAGCAAUUCUUUGGAAUCCUAUGACAAUAUUAUGCAAAGUUCCUUGGGAUUUGCUAACCCAGGAGUAGUUGAAUUCCUCCUAGGAAAAUUAGGAAUAGAUGAAUCUAAUCCACCAUCUUUAAUGAGAGGCCUACAAAGUGUGAAGAUUGGAGUUGAUUAUUUUAAAGUUGGGCGCCACGUGGAUGCUAUGAAUGAAUACAAUAAGGCUCUGGAAAUAGACAAACAAAAUGUGGAAGCUUUGGUAGCUCGUGGAGCAUUAUAUGCAACAAAAGGAAGUCUGAACAAAGCAAUUGAAGAUUUUGAACUUGCAUUGGAAAACUGUCCAACUCACAGGAAUGCAAGAAAAUACCUGUGCCAGACACUUGUAGAAAGAGGAGGGCAGUUAGAAGAAGAAGAAAAAUUUUUAAAUGCUGAAAGUUACUAUAAGAAAGCUUUGGAUUUGGAUGAGACUUUUAAAGAUGCAGAGGAUGCUUUGCAGAAACUUCAUAAAUAUAUGCAGAAAUCUUUGGAAUUAAGAGAAAAACAAGCUGAAAAGGAAGAAAAGCAGAAAACAAAGAAAAUAGAAACAAGUGCAGAAAAGUUGCGUAAGCUCUUAAAAGAGGAGAAAAGGCUAAAGAAAAAAAGAAGAAAGUCAACUUCUUCCUCUUCAAGUGUUUCUUCUGGUGAUGAAUCAGUUUCUUCUUCUUCAUCCUCCUCCUCUUCUGGUCACAAAAAGCAUAAGAAACAUAGGAGGAAUCGUUCAGAGUCUUCUCGAAAUUCCAAAAGGCAUUCAGCUAAGGCAUCCUCAAAUCAGAUAGAUCAGAAUAGGAAAGAUGAGUACUUCCCAGUUCCAGCCAAUACUUCAGCAUCUUUUCUUAACCAAAGACAAGAAGUGGAAAAACUACUGGAAAAGCAAGAUAGGGUACCAUAUCAGAAGAAGCAGGUAAAAGAGAAAGAUAGAUGCCCUGUCUCUUCAUCUUCAGUUGAAAUUCCGGAUGAUUUUGGAGGUAGGUCUGAAGAGUCAAGAGACUUUUACAAUAGCUAUAAAACUCAGGCAGGUAGUAGCAAAACAGAAAAGUCCUAUAGAUAUGAAAGACAUUUUUCCAAUAGAAGGGAUUCCUCAGAUUCCUUCUCUAGGAAUCCAGAAGACAAGUUAAAAAAUUAUGGUUAUAGAAAAUUUGAAAAAGACUCAGAUGGAAGAAAAGAGCACUAUAGAAAGUGGGAGCCAGGUUCCAUGAGGUAUUCCACUUCCCCAGCAAGCUCUGACUACUCUUCUAAGUCAGUUGAAAAAUAUAAAAAAUGUAAUUAUUCUGGAUCACGUGAUUUCAAUAGACAUGAGCAAAGAUAUCAAUUAAGUAAAAGUCAUCGAGAAUAUGAAAGAGAGGAUAAUUAUGAGGAGAGUAUUAAACCAGAGGCUUCAGAAGAAGAGCUAAGUAGCACGGAGCAUUCAGAAAGUGGAGCUAAAAAAAACUUACCUCAAAAUUUACUCAAUAUAUUUAAUCAGAUAGCUGCAUUUGAGAAAGAAAAAGGAAAUAAGCAAAAAAAGUAAUAUGCAAGGGAAUCAGCACUGUUUUUUACUAAAGGCUGUUAAUAAAAGUUUUAGUUCUUAAUCGUAACAGUCCAGUGCAGAAAUCUCUACUCCUAAAGUUAUUUUAUUUGUAGAGAUUGCAGGAAUCAAAUGCUUUUUUUUAAGAGCUUUACAUUCAUUAUCUCAUUUAAUCUUCAUAACGAUUUUUUUUUUCAGCAAAUGCUUUCAACCUAUUCUUAAAUUAUAUCUUUUAGUUGUAGGUCCCCUUUCACAGCUUGAUUUGUAGACUUCAUAUGUAUGUUUAUGUACAGUAUUCCUUACUGUUUGAAACUUCAGUUAAAGAUAAUUCUCAAAGUAUUGUUUCUUCAUUGUAUUAUGGGGUAUGAGAAUUCCUUGGGUCUCCCUUAUCCUGCUAUUUGAGAGAAAAUUAAAUUUGUGCACUGAACACCUGGGUUUUUUCAUCAAAAAUUAUUUCUUUCUCUGUUCUGUUAUAUUAAAAGCCCUCAACUUUUGAAAGAGAUAUGUUCUUUAACUACUAUUUUAUAUUUUAUCAUUUGUUUAAAUUUUUACAUAACUGUUGUUUUAAAAUGAUAGGCAGAUCAUCUGUCUUGUCUAAUUGGCCUCUAAAGCGUGAUUCAAGUAAAAGAGACUUAUGUACCAGCUUAACAAGUACCUUAGGAAUAAAGCCAUGAACAUUAAA